GCUGAUAAACAGGGUGUGUGUCUUUAAGCAGCUCAAACAGCAGCACUGUUUGUUCAGCCUGUGAAUGAGUAAACCUUCACCAGGAAGAAGUCUUCACAUACAGUAUCAGAGCCUGAACCCACAGCUGUGUGCACCAUGGACCCAGGUCUCGUGUUUGUUUGACAGGACUCAGACGGGAUGAUUCAACUGCUGCUGCUGCUUCAAAUCUUGCUGAGCUGGAACUUUGAAUACAAGUGUAAUCUCUCCGUCCUCCCUCAGUGAUCAUGGCUGCUAUCGGAGCAGACGUCACCGCGUCGCAGUUCUUCCUGCCGUCGGGAGUCGUCAGUUUCUUCAUCCUCCUCCUCCUCCUCUCCAUCUUCCUCACCGCUCUCUGCAGCGACUGUGGCAGACGUUCAUUCGAGCUGCGAGAACCCGAGGACAAAAACCCUUCAACUCUGAUCCGAGUGGUGAAGCUGGAGGAAGCCAUGGUGGCGAGAGAGAAUCCAAUGAUCAAUGAGAUCCAAAAGGAUGAGAAAGAGUUUAAGUCUGUAGAAGAGACCACUGUGUCCUUCAGUGCAUUAAGGAGCCAGAUGGGGGCGCCGCAGCAGAACCGCCACGAUGUUCAGACUAACGGCAGCACAGCGGUGGUGAAGACAGCGAGAGAUUCUGAAUCUGCUGGAGAUACUGAAGACGAAAUCUCUGUGGAGUUCACUCCCUGGAGGCACCACCUGAGGGCGCCACAGAGUCAAGAGGUGAACAGCUCUGACUCCUCAGACUCCGCCCACAUCUACAACACCAUCGGAGGAGGGCGGAGCAGCAGCGGCGGAGGUGAUGCUGACACGCCAUCUCCAGCGACCAAUCACAAGCCACAGGAGCAGCUUGACUAUGUUGGCUCUGCAGUGAUGGUGGAUGUAAAAUCAGUGUAUGCACGAAUCAGCAGGCCGGUGAGAGUGACCACGCCCACUGAACAAACAGCUGACCAGGUACAGGUGAAGGAGAGGGAGGAGGAGCAGGAGGAGUCUUCUCCUCCACUGCCAGACAGGAGGGCCGCGGUGGAGGCGUGAGGAUGAUGAUGAUGAUGAUGAAGGAGCUGAGACAAAGACUGAGACGUAAGAAGGAAAAUGAAAGACUUAAUAUGAAGGACGACAGAUGAAAGAUGGAGGACAAACAUCUAGCGAUUAACAAAUCGAUGGUUUUAUAAAUAUGUUUAAAAUUCUGGAUUCAUUUCAUUCAUUACAGGGAGCCUCUGCAUUCUUUUUCUUUAACAAUCACCUCUUAUGAUCUCUGAGAAGCUGUCAAAUGUUCAAAUCAAAGUAAUGGGUGCGGACUCAGGUCCCGUGUCCACCAAUCGUUUCUUUCCGGGCAGAAAAGCACAUGCUGUGGGGCGCUGGUGGCACAGUGGUUAGUGUGCACACCCCAUGUGUGGAGGCUGUGGUCCUCAAAGCGGGCGGCCCAGGUUCAAAUCCCACCUGUGCCUCCCUUCAUGCAUGUCACUCCCCUCUCUCUCACCCUGAUUUCCAAUUCAAUCCACUGUCCUAUCUCUCCAUUGAAGGCUCAAAAAGCCCAAAAAUAAGUCUUGAAAAAAGGAAAAAAAAAGUGCUGGCUGUGCGCUGGGGAGCUCUUGUAUGAAGUGUUUGCACGCUGAGAAGAAGAGCGUUGCUUGCCCACAGUCUGUUGGCAGCUGUAUGACCUUUACUUUUUACUGCAUGUUUAAUAUCUGAGAUCGUUUAUUUCCCGAUCAGACAAGGCGUGAGGAGGAUGUGGGUACAAGACACGAUCAGUAGGCGGCAACAACUACGGGGAAUAUCAUACAUUUGGUAAAUACUGCGGUGAUGUCAACAGCGCCUUUCUGGAGAGCUGAAAGAUUUUAGCACUCAGAACGGCUGCACCAAAAAGGCGGAGCGCUCAGAAAAAUAUACGCUGGGCUCUGCACUUUUUCUCCAGGCGUCCGCUUUCUGCUGGGAGCGCUCGCUACUCACUGAAAACAAUUGGAAAAAAAAGACGCUGGCGCUCAGGAAAAACACCAGGUGGACACGGGGCCUCAUCGUUCCUGUUGCAUAGAGUCCAUUGUCACGUUCAGAACUCUUUUUUGAAGUCUUUAUACUUUUAUAUCCUGUAUAUCAUAUCAGGAUUGGUUGCUGAAUGCACAU